AUGGAUAGAUUUGCUGCCCGUCCUAAAUUUCAGGUCAACCGAACUCGCCUUCUGGCAAACCUUCAAGCACUCCAACACUUUCACCCUUCCUAUCAAAAUGUAGAGAUCAAUCAUGAGGCACUAGCACAACUUCCAGAGCAUGGUUCAGUUUUCAAUCAACUACGGUCAACAACAAUUGAAGAUGCUGGAGCAGAUGUUUCCGAAGGACCAACAGAUCAGGAAGGUGAGCAGGAGGAUAUUGUGGUGGAAUCUGUUGUUCCUAAUGUUGGGGACGGAAGGAGAGAGAUUGAAGCAACACGGUCCAGGAUGGAAGAGCUGGUGGGAGUUGACCACCCAGUAACCCUCACUGCUCCUCCUCUCAGGGCUACACCUCUGUACGAACACGAUGAAUCGAGCCAAUAUCUGGUUGAAGCGUUCCCCUUCCUAUUCCCUCAAGGAACUGCAGACCUUCAUGCACCAAGAGAGCAUCCGGUCACACCAUCCCAAUACUUCAAACAUCUCAUGAAAUAUGAUGAUGGUAGAUUUGCUGCUCAUCCUCAGUUUAGAUAUUAUGCUUUCAAUGCACUUUUGCGUUGGCAAGCUCGCACACUCGCUGCCUUCUAUGUCAGCCGUAACCCGGACGAACAAGCUUUAAUUGCAGGAGACAUCCAGGAUCUGCUUGAUUCCGACUCUAUUAGGAGAAGGGGACCGAGGGAGAGCAGAACAGGCGAAGUCAGGCGAGCAGUUCGACGCACCACGGCGAAGUUAGCCGCAGUUCAUCGACGAUCAUCUUAUCCUUUCACCACUCGACGCAUUACUACGGCGAAGUUAGCUGUAGUUCUCCGACGAGUACCCUGUCCUAGUGAGACAUCAACGCCCCACUACGACGUAGUUAGCCGAGGUUUGUCGACCGUCGGUCAGUAG